AUGGAGGAGGAGAAACUUGGAGCGCAUCUAGGGGCAACCAAACACGACUUUCCACUAACUAUCGAUAAAAGAAAACCCCUAAAAAUUCCCCCUCCCAAUUCCACCCUAAAACCCUGCUUCAGCCCGGUUUGCUCUCUCUCCCCAUCUCUCUCUGUCCGCUUCGACUUCAGGUGGAAUUUCAUUAGCCUGGUUUUCGUUCCUCAAGGUCCCACAAUUAGUGGCAACUUCACGCCGGCGAUGGCCAUGGGGACCAAUAGUGAGUGGCGCAUGACCGGAAUGGAGGUGCCGCUGCUCAGCACUGAUUCCGUCGAGUGGCGUCAACUCUCCGUCCCUUCGUCUUCUUUAGCAUCCUCAGCGAACACUUCUAACGAGUCACUUGCUAAUGACUAUGCCUCUUGCUGCGUUAUCGGAGAUCCCCCUUCUUAUUUCAUCUGGAAAAUCAGCGCUAGUCAGACAAAUGUACUGGAGAUUCUAGAACUUUGUAGUCAUAAGAAAAUGUUUGGAACUGGACUUCGGCUCAUUUUUGCUGACGCUUUACAUCCAUUUGCUUUUAUAUGCAAAGAUGAGAGCAAGGUUACUUCUGGAAAUAAUUUGAUGCUAUAUACUUUGACGGUCUCAGGGAUCGCUUACCUCAUCCAUAUAAGGAACAAUUUUGACUACGGAACUUCUUCUGUUGUCCCUACUGACGAGAUUCUGGAGUGUAAUACACAAGUUUCACCUCAGUGUGGAGCAAUUACCGCUGUUAAUGCAACAUCAGGGUGUUUGUUGAUUGGAAGGCAUGAUGGAUCAAUUGGUUGUCUCCAGAUGGGCGUACUUGACUGCAGCCAUCCAGGCUUUGCGUUUGAUUUGCGAGAUGAUCCUGGGUUUAGUCGAUUGUGGGGAAUGUUGUCAAGGAACCCAAAUCUGGCCGCUGUACAGGAUUUGGUGAUAUCAGAGGUGCAUCAGAGAAAGCUUCUGUUUGUGCUUCAUUCUGAUGGGAACUUUCGAGUUUGGGACCUUUUAGGUGCAUUUUUUAGGGUUUGGGUAGGAGAAGCUAGCAAUGAUACCGGAUUAAUUCCAAUUGCAAUGCUACAUAAACAGAAUUCGGAAGUUGACACAGAAACAAUCUUUCUAUACGACCUUCAUUGCCAUGUGGGAGACCGGAUUGUGUUGUCUCUGGAGCCUUCACAGAAAAAACUAUUCAUAGGGGAGGGUGGAUGUAUUGAUGUCAAGUUCACAUCGAGCAAUGUGUGGAUUCUCAAGGAAGAGGUGCUCAUGAUGAAGGACUUGUUUGGUAAUAACACCAUGGAGGAAUCCACAAAUUACUAUACUCUGCAAGAAUCAUUUAUUGCUGAUAUGCUAUUUCAGAGUUCUGAGCAUUCUUCAGAUGAUCUUCUUUGCCUUGCGUAUUCGGUAUUUUCGGCUUCAAAGGAGGAAGUUGCCCCGUUUGUAUCUUCUGUGUUUUUGCGUGCAUUGCUUACUCCUGGGGUUCACUGCAAUGCUGUUCUGAGACGAACUUUAGGAGAGUAUAACAAGCACUUCACAGAAUCAGAGUUUAGUUCCUUAACUCUUGAUGGUCUGAAAAGUGAAGUUUUGUCACUGAUCGAGCAUCAGGGUGGAUGCAUUCUUCAAUGUUGGAAGUCAUUUUGCUCGCGAUAUGUGGAUAAUUGGUGUAAAUACAAUACAGUAUGUGGUCUGCUAGUAGAUCCAUUAACAAGUGCUAUUGGUUUAGUCAGGAACAACACAAUCUCUCUCUGCCGCGGCAUGGAGGAAGUGGAGCAUAUUUUCUAUGGUUCUUUCGAGGAACAAAACAGGUAUAUGAGCCCUGGAUUACUUUACUCGGGUGAUGAUCUUAGUAGGACGAUCCUAUCUGAGUUACUGCAAUGUCUUCAGAGUGUGAGCAAGCAGUUAGGAAAAGCUUCAUCAGCUAUAUUUUAUGAGUCACUUCUUAACACACCUCAUAUAUCAUCAGAUGAAGUUGUUUCUCGAUUUCUAAAGAUAUUGGAAAGUGCAUAUAGUUAUACAACUGAACCUAAGCUAUUAUCAGAACUUGGAUUGAAUACUGUUUGGGGAAAAGAAUUGUCGAGUAACAGAAACUUAAGAAAAUUCUCAACAAAUAUGUUUCUGUCCUUUCAAGAAAUGUGCAAUAAAGCCAACUCUUGGGGCAAAGUUUUGGAUGUGAUUGAGAGCUACUUAAAGGUUUUAGUGCCUCGGAAAGUUGUGCUCAAAUCGAAUGCUGAAGCGAUAUUCCAUAUUAAUGCUUAUGGGAUUGUGCAGUCGACUUUCCAAAUUGCCAAAGUGAUGUUUGAAUCUGUGUUGGAUGUUCUGAUGCUGCUAAGCUAUAUGACUAGCAUCAGCGGACAGAUUAACAUGUCACAUUCUGAUGUCUCAAGAGUCAAACUCGAGUUAAUUCCAAUGAUUCAAGAAACUUUAACAGAAUGGCAUAUUAUUCGCUUCUUUGGGACCACACCAUCCGAAUCUCCUGCAAUUGAAGAUUUCAGUUAUCGGCUUUCAUCCUUACAUAUUGAUAGCAAUGCAGAUAACAGAUUGUGGAGUGAGAGGCUUGGAAAAUCUGACUUUUCUUUGGCAUUUAUCUUAUUACUGAGCAUGCAAAGUUCCUCAGACAUGGAGAACCUGUCUCUCAGUCGUCUUCCUAAUCCCAGCAGCUUAAUUAAUUUAAGUAGGGAGUUCACCAGCUGGAUUAUUUGGGGGAGAAGUGGAGAAGAAUCUUCUGUAUUCUUCAGCAAUUCCAUUGAUCUUGCAAUAGUCUUACUUAGACAUGGCCAAUAUAAUGCCGCUGAGUAUUUGCUUAUGUUGGUGGAUGCAUAUUCACACAAGGAGAAGACAUUUGAAAGCCUUCAUGCUGUGGAUGGAAAAUUGUCUUUACGUCUCCAUCUUCUUGGAUGUUGUCUUGUUGCUCAGACACAACAUGGAUUGAGUAAAAAAACUAAAGGAAGUAAAGUUGGGGAAGCGCUUCGCUGCUUUUUCAGGACCGCAUCAAGUGAAGUAUCUUUGAAAGCUUUGCAAACUUUGCCCCAUGAAGCCGGAUGGCUGCGAAUUGAUUUCAGUAGUUCCCUUUCAACUGCAGCAUGGAAGCUUCAUUAUUAUCAAUGGGUGAUGCAGCUAUUUGAACAGUAUGGUUUGAGUGAAGCUGCUUGUCAAUGUGCUCUAGCUGCUCUUGAACAAGUUGAUGAAGCUCUCGACACCAUAGGUAGCAGCUCCAGCGAGGGUCUUGGAGAAUCAGUGACCACUGUGAAGGGCAGACUCUGGGCUAACGUGUUUAAAUUCACUUUGGAUCUUAAUAAUUACCAUGACGCAUACUGUGCCAUAAUUUCAAAUCCAGAUGAGGAAAACAAGACAAUAUGUUUGAGGCGUUUCAUCAUAGUUCUUUUUGAGCGUGGUGCCGUAAAGAUAAUUUGUGAUGGCCAGUUACCAUUGAUUGGUUUAGUGGAAAAAGUAGAGCAAGAGCUUGUGUGGAAGGCAGAGCGUUCUGAUAUCUCCACCAAGCCAAACCCUUUCAAAUUAUUAUAUGCCUUUGAGAUGCACAGACACAACUGGCGUAGAGCGGCAACUUAUAUGUACUUGUAUUCUUUCCGUUUGAGAGCUGACGCAGCUGUAAAAGAUCAACCAAGGUCUUCGAAUCUGCAGGACAGGCUGAAUGGACUAUCUGCUGCGAUUAAUGCUUUGCAGCUUGUUCAUCCUUCAUAUGCGUGGAUUGAAGUUCCAGUUGAUGAAACUUCCCUUGAUAAAAGACAACAUCCUAAUAAGAGGGCUAGGAUGACCAAACAAGAGCAAAGUCCUGCUGAUGAUGCUUUGCCUCAGAAUCUUACAUCUUAUUUAGAUGUUGAGAAACUUGAGAAGGAGUUCGUUUUAACAUCAGCAGAAUAUAUGCUCUCCUUGGCUAACAUCAAGUGGAGCUUUACUGGAAAAGAAAAACCCCCAGCCAACCUUAUUGAUCUGUUGGUUGAAUCAAAUUCUUAUGAUAUGGCUUUUACGGAUAAAUACAGGUCAUUUCAUCCCAGAUUACCAUUACUUGUUGCUGGGACUCUUCUUUCUGCCGAUUCUCAAAUUGAAUUACCACUUUGGUUGGUUAGACACUUUAAGGGAGAUCGUAGUGAAAAUAGCUUUGGAAUGAGCGGGAAUGAGUCAAAUCCAGCGUCCCUAUUCCGCCUAUAUGUUGAUUAUGGUCGAUACACAGAGGCUAUUAAUUUAUUGAUUGAGCACACCGAAAGCUUGGCAUCAGUUCGACCAGCUGAUGUCAUCCGUCGUAAAAGGCCAUUUGCUGUUUGGUUUCCAUAUACUUCGAUCGAGCGCCUGUGGUGCCUACUCGGGGAGUCAAUAAAAUUGGGCCACAGGGUUGACCAAAGUGAGAAGCUGAAAAAGUUAUUGCAUGGGGUUCUCUUGAAGCAUCUUAAUCUUUUGAAAGUGGACUCUGAUGAUGUUCAAUCCGGCAAGCUAGGGUUUCAAUGAGUUUUAGCACUGGGCUGCAUAAAUAUUUUGUGCCUACGGAUGGUAAGGACUUCUUCUCACUUCUCAGUUUUUACCAAUUUCUAGCAAGAGUUCGAAAAGGAGAAGAGUUCAGGUGUUCUAUCCCCUCUUUUUGCUUACUUGAAGCCGAGGUUAUUGGCGGGCAAAUAGUGUUGUAGUUGGCAGCUAUACUUGAUAGAACAGCCACUCUCUUGGUAUUAUUUUGUUAGAGUUGUACCUCAUGAAUAUUUAUGUUUUUAGCUCUUUGAAGUUGGAUUUAUAUAUAUGCUUUGUAUGUGGUCAGUGUGAGAAUGGGAUUUUUUAUUCAGUAGGGUGUAGAGCUCACAAACGGCUACAUUAUAAUAGAAUGUGCAGACAUAUAUAGCUUGUUGAGCUUUCCAAAAGUUGAAAGUCAUUUUGGUUUAUGACUGAGAUGAGUAUGUAUCAAGGGAGAUUUUUUUUUUUAAAAAAAAGGGAGAAG